AUGGCCAACGCUGCCCAAGCGAUCCACCCUUCUUCCACCGCCGUCGAGAAGGACGACUUGGUGAUACCUCUCAUCGAUUUCGGCCUUUUCUCUUCGGGGACCCCCUCUGACAAGCAUGCCGUCGCUCUCUCCAUCACCAACGCCUUCAAGACAUCCGGCUUUCUCUAUCUCAAAGCACAUGGAAUCCCGCCAUCCGUGGUGUCCCGAGUCUUUGCCUCAUCAUCCCGAUUCUUCAGUCGACCCCAGAGUCAGAAGGACAGUUUGGGCUGGACGACCCCACAGUCGAACCGUGGUUACAUCACAGCCGGGCGGGAGAAGCUCGCCCCCCUCGAGGAAACUGCGGGGAUCGGUACGCUACGCGGCUCCGCACCAGAUCUAAAGGAAACACUCGAAAUUGGUCGCGAAGGUGUCGAAGGCUUGCCAAAUCGUUGGCCGGAUCAUCUUGAUGAAGAGGGUAAAGAAUUUAAGGAAUUGAUGCUGUCAUUUUUCGACACAUGCAAGAAUCUCCACAGACAGAUAAUGUGUGCAAUUGCCCUGGGGAUGAACUUACCCGAGCACUUCUUCGAUGAGUUUGUCAAUGAAGGGGACAACACUCUGCGCCUGUUGCACUAUCCCCCUGUCAAGAAGGAGGUCUUCAAAGACAAUCCCAAUCAAGUAAGGGCGGGUGAGCACAGUGACUACGGUUCCGUCACACUGCUGUUUCAAGAUCGGCAUGGUGGUUUGCAGGUGCGCAGUCCCAAGGGCACAUUCGUUGAUGCAACGCCCAUUGCCGAUACUAUCGUUGUCAACGCUGGUGAUUUACUCGCUCGCUGGUCCAACGAUACCAUCAACAGCACCCGUCAUCGAGUAAUCCAGCCACCUAUCCCAGCAGGCGAAGACGGUGGAGCCGAUGCCGACUCAUACCCUUCUCGUUACAGCAUCGCGUACUUUUGCAACCCUAACAGUAACAAAAUGAUCGAAGCGCUCCCAGGAACAUAUGGCAAAGAAAUCAAUAUCGAAAAGAAAUAUGCCGACAUCACUGCGGGAGAUUAUCUAGUUUCGCGACUGGCGGCGACCAUCUGA